AUGGGGCUUCCCGAUCCCACCAUCGGCCUCGACUGGAGCGGCUACAUCGGCGCCAUCCACGAGAUAUUCCACAAGAAUGCAUUGAAGAAGCCUGACGCGCCGUGCGUCACGGAAACGGCCUCCUCCACCACGCCCGAGAGGAGAUUCAACUACAAGCAGAUUUAUGAGGCGUCCAACAUCUUGGCCAACCAGCUCCACGAAGCUGGCAUCACCAAUGGCGAUGUCGUCAUGAUCUAUGCCUACCGUUCCGUCGAACUCGUCAUCGCCUUCAUGGGAACCCUUGCUGCCGGUGCCACGAUUACUGUCCUAGACCCCGCGUACCCCCCGGCGAGGCAACAGGUCUAUCUCGAAGUCUCACAACCAAAAGCCCUGAUCACGAUUGGCAGAGCCAGGGAUGAGAAUGGUGCUUUCGCGCCGCGCGUGCAGAAGUACAUUGACGAGGAACUACGUCUCAAGAUACGAGUACCCGAGCUACGGAUGAGCGAUGAUGGCCUCCUUACCGGUGGCCAAGUUGACGGAAAGGAAGUCUUUACCGACACUACAAGCAAAGCAUCAGCGCCUCCAGAUGUUCUAGUGGGACCGGACUCAACGAGCAUCCUGAGCUUUACCAGUGGCACGACAUCCACACCCAAGGGCGUGUUGGGCAGACAUUACAGCUUGACCAAGUACUUCCCGUGGAUGGCCAAAACUUUCAACUGGACCUCGGACACAAAGUUUGCUUGUCUAAGUGGUAUAAGCCAUGAUCCUAUCCAGCGGGACAUUUUCAGUCCGUUAUUCAUGGGCGGGGAGUUAAUAUGCCCUGCUCGCGAGAAUAUCGCCCAUGAAAGGUUGGCUGAGUGGUUCCGCGACCAAAAACCCAAUGCAGUCCAUUUGACGCCCGCGAUGGGCCAAAUCUUGUGCGGCGGUGCCAAGGCAGAGUUCCCUUCAUUGAAGUGGGUUCUUUACGUUGGUGAUAUUCUGACCAAGAAGGAUUGCGCUGCGCUCCGCAAGCUGGCGCCCAACGCGGAGAUCUGCGCUGCGUAUGGUACCACUGAGACGAGCCGCAGCGUAUCAUACUACCACAUCAAGAGUCACGCCGAAGAUCCGAAUGCAUUAAAUCAAUUUGGCGAUAUUGUUCCUGCCGGAAAGGGCAUUGAGAACGUCCAGCUCCUCGUAGUCAACCGGGAAGAUCCAACCAAGCUUUGCGGCGUCGGUGAGGUCGGUGAGAUAAUGCUGAGAGCAGCAGGUCUUGCUAAUAUUCGACUUUACGGAUAUCUGAACGACCCGGAGAAAACCAAGGAAAAGUUUCUUGACAACUGGUUCGUCGACAACCAGAAGUGGGUUGAGGCUGAUCACAAAGCUGCCGAUCACGCCAACGAGCCCUGGAGAAAGUAUUACAAAGGCCCGCGAGAUAGAAUAUACCGGAGCGGCGACUUGGGGUAUUUUUUGGACGAUUCUGGUAAUUGCGCAAUUACAGGCAGAGCUGAUGAUCAAGUCAAGGUCCGUGGCUUCCGCAUCGAGCUCAAUGAGAUUGAUAGCAACUUGAGAGGACAUCAUCUAGUCCGCGAGUGCAAGACGCUGCUUCGAAGAGAUCGGAACGAAGAGCCAACGCUGGUCAGCUACAUUGUGCCUGAACACCAAGAGUGGCUCAAGUGGCUAGCAGAACACAGCCUGGAAGACACUGAGGAGCUGGGCACCGAGAUUGGACUCGUCACCGUGUAUUCUAAGCGCUAUCGGCCAAUGCAAGCGGAGGUUCGGGAUCACCUCAAGUCUCGAUUGCCAGUUCACGCUGUGCCAACUUAUUUUAUCUUCCUGAAGAAGAUGCCAUUGAACCCCAAUGGCAAAGUUGACAGCCCAAACCUGCCGUUCCCGGAUGCGGCCCUGAUCUCUGAAGAGGCUUCAGAGGAGGAUCUGAAGAGAUGGGAAACGCUCAGCAGCACCGAAAAGGAACUGGCGGAGCAGUGGGCAACACUGGUCAAUGGUUUGAAUGCCAAGACUCUGCGGCCAGAGUCUGAUUUCUUUGAAAGCGGCGGACACAGUCUGCUGGCCCAGCAACUUCUUCUCAAUAUCCGCAAGAAUCUGGGGACCAACAUGUCCAUCAGCUCAUUGUACUCGAACUCAUCCCUCAGGGCUCUCAGCGCACAGAUUGACCGCCAGCGUGAGGGCAAGGGCGAUUCAGGCGCGACAGAGCACGGCGAAGCUGAAUAUGCCCAAUCAUUCGACAAGCUGCUCGGUAGCCUCGAUGCCAAGUAUCAGGCGGCGGACCCUGCGACACUCUCGCCGGCAGGCAAGACGACCGUCUUUGUGACUGGCGCCACGGGUUUCUUGGGCUCUUUCAUCGUCAAGGAUUUGCUCGAGCGUGAGAACGUUCACGUCAUUGCCCAUAUCCGUGGAACAAAGGGCGUCUCGGCCGCCCUCGAGCGGCUCCAGAAGUCACUCCGUGGAUACAGUGUAUGGCAGGAUUCUUGGGCCACUAGGCUCAGCGCAGUCAUUGGUGACCUGGCACAGCCGCGUCUUGGACUUGAUGACGACACAUGGAAGAUGCUUGGCGACGCUGUCGAUGUGGUUAUCCACAACGGCGCACUCGUCCACUGGGUAAAGCAGUAUAAGCAUCUCGAGCGUAGCAAUGUUCUAUCAACAAUCGAUGCCAUGCGGCUUUGUAACCAGGGCAAGCCUAAGCUUUUCUCAUUCGUUAGCUCAACAAGCGUUCUAGACACGGAUUACUAUAUCAACCUGUCACAAGAGCAGACCAGCACUGGACAAGGCGCUGUCAUGGAAGCAGAUGACAUGAUGGGCAGUCGCAGCGGUCUCGGCACCGGAUACGGCCAGACCAAAUGGGUAUCUGAACAGCUUGUCCGUGAGGCUGGCAGACGCGGCCUCCUCGGAUCUGUCGUCCGACCUGGUUAUAUCCUUGGAGACGCUGCCACCGGUGUGUGCAACAACGACGACUUUCUUAUCCGCAUGCUCAAAGGCUGUAUCCAGCUGUCUAGCCGUCCGCACAUAAUCAACACAAUCAACGCCGUGCCUGUUGGCCACGUCUCUACUGUCGUCGUCGCAGCCAGCUUAAACCCUGUCCCAGCCCAGACUGCAAACAGCGGCAGCGGCAGCGGCGACGUCGGUGUCCGCGUCAUCCACGUCACUGCCCAUCCUCGCCUGCGCAUGAACGAGUAUCUCUCCAUCCUGACCUACUACGGCUACGAUGUUCCUGAGGUGGACUACGACCACUGGAAGGCCCAGCUCGAGACCUUUGUCUCGGCAGGUCCUAUCCAGAAAGACGAGGAACAGAACGCUCUAAUGCCUCUUUUCCACAUGGUGACGAACAAUCUCCCCACAAACACUCGCGCGCCGGAGUUAGAUGAUCGCAAUGCUGUUGCUGUCCUCAAGGCUGAUGCAGACCGGUGGACAGGUGUUGAUGAGAGUGCUGGAGAGGGCAUUAGUAGAGAAGCUGUUGGCCGCUUCUUAAGAUACCUCGCUGAAACUAAUUUCCUAGCGUGGCCAACCAAACGAGGUAGAGAGCUGCCGGCUAUUAAGGCUGAUGUUGUUGAGGCGCAGGCAAAAUGGGGUGUUGGAGGGCGUGGUGGUACAGCAUAAGGAGAGGGAACAGAGAUAAAACCUCAAGUCUAGGUACCAAAAAACAUGUUCUAAUAUAGUACUAGUCUAGAUGUCCCAGAAAAAGUAAAAUAGUGUAAGCUGAAUAAAGCAAUAGUAGCGUAAAUAAGGGCUUUAUUUGUCUCCAAGUAUUUUUUCAAGUAUAAUAUUUUUCAUAGGUAUUGAGCUGAAUAGGUGCUGUAAUUGACAUCUCCCCUAUCAUAUGAGAUGCGGGCAACGAAUUCCCAGUCGCUUGUCGAGAUUGUAUGAACUUGCGCAGGUUAACUGUCAUGGGUAUUUUUAUUUUUUUUAUCCCUUCUCUCUUCCUAUGAUAUCUCGUGGAUGGGAAAGUUGUCAUCAGCGGAUUUCUUUACCCGCCGAGCGCUCAGAAUAUCUGCCACCUUUUCAGCUGCGCCAAUGCCUUUUAUUUGUCCAAGAUGAGCCCAAGGAGCGUCCUGCCCUGCUUCAAUAUCCUUGAGAGACUUGGACAUCUCUGUUGGACCAAACUCCCACACGUUUGCCUUCAUACCAAUACCAUAGAACUGAUGUUUGCGCAGAUACGCAAGCCAAAGCUGGACCGUCUCGGGAUCGCCGUCUUUAAUCUGGAUCAAGCGCCUCAGCGUCACACGCUCAAAGUUCUCCUGCGACUUCUUGAAGAUGAAGUGACUCCUGGGCACGGUCCAUCGCUCUGUGAUUCGGGGUAGUGUUACUGGGCCUGAGGCGGGAAGGCCCAGGUAGUAUGCGGCUCGCAGCGCAAAGUCUGAGAAGAAUUGGAGGGGUUGCAAGCUGAAUGAUCGCAGCUGGAGAUCGCACGAGGGGACGCCGUAUUGAGCCUCGCGCUUCAGCGGCUUGAGGUGAAUCGCCUGGAGAGAGCGUGGGUGUCGCAGCUUCGGCUCACUAUUGCGGACUUCUUUUUUGGAUUGGACAGAGGAGUAGUUUCUCGACAGAGGUUUGCUAAUCAAGCACCCCAGUGCUGGGGUCUUUCUAGCAGCCCAUGGCACAGCGGCCUG